AUGAAUUUCGUCGCAGAACUUCUUGCACGGCAGACGCGGAGGCUCUACACCGACCCCACCGAGCGCGCAGCCUGGCUGCAAGCCCUCGACAGAGGUGCGCUACAUGUGGCCAGCCUCGAGCACUUGAAGGGCACCAAGAUUGCGUGCCGCGCUGCCACCGACGCGUUCGAGGAGAACCUGCCGCCCAACAUCACCCCGCUCAAGGCGGCGCGCCUGGCGGCGCACGACCCCGGCGUCUUUGCCCUGUGGUGCAGCACCACCGCAGCGCGCGCAGCCGUCGAGCCCGGGUUUGGACACUUGCUGGGCCUGCCAGAGGGGCAGAGGACGCCCGUAGCAAAGGUGCUCCUGCACGCGGCGACUUGCCACUACUACGCCACCGCCGAGGCGGCGGCCGGCCGUGGCGACGAUGACGGCUGCGGGGGCGGCAGCUGCGCCGCGUGGCCGUACCCUGAGGCGUGCUGCGAGCCGCUGUUUGCGUCCCUGAGGCCCCAGCACCAGUGGUGGCUCAUAUCAGACUUGCUGGCAGCGCUGUGGGCGCCGGAACGUUGUGUGGUUGACAGAUGCCCGUCCUCCCCCCUGGCAGGCGCUGCUCCAGCGACGAGCGGCGUCGACACGCCGCUGCACGCGUCCGCGCUGCUGGCGCUGGCGCAGCUGGCUGGCAUCCACGCGGCCGCGGAGGCGCGUUGUGAGCUGCCGCCGCUGCUGCUGCUCGAGACCCGCGUCGCGCACUCCUGCGCGUGGCUGCCCGAGAGCGAGGAGCUCUUUGCCUCGGUCAUGGGGACGACACGGGCCAGCUGUGGCAGGGGGGGCCACCUCUGGUGGGGCGGGAGCGAGCGGCAGCGGCAGCAGCCGGACUGGGAGGCCCGGAAGCUGCUCCAGUCGCAGUGCGGCUUGCUGUUCGUGAAGCCAGGCGUGACGCCCGGCGACAUGAGCGAGGCCCUGUCCGCCCUGAGGCACCUGCACCACCACGAGCUGCUGGCGGCGCCCGCAGUCGGCCGCCUGGCCAACGCCUUUGGCCUGCCGCUGCUGGAGCCCCUCUGGCGGCUGCUGCAGUCCGCCUGGGCCGCCGCCGGCCCCGAAGGAGGCGCCGCCGCGCCGCCGCAGCCGCCGCCCGAGUCGCUCUCGCAGCUCGGGGCGAUGCUGUCGCCGGUUGUCGGCGGCUGGUGUGCCCCAGGCUGCGGGGGUGACGACGGCGAUGAUAGCGGCAGCCUGUGGGGCAACAGCAGCGAUAAUCCAGGCGCGCCAAAAGGACAGCUGAAAGACCGAGUCCAGCAGCGGCGGCGGCAGCAGCAGCAGCAGCAGCAGCAGCAGCAGCAGCAGCAGCAGCAGCAGCAGCAGCAGCAGCAGCCAGAGCGGCAGCAGCGGCAACAGGAGGCGCUGGCCCUCCUGGGGGUGACCCUGGAGGUGCUCACGGGCGGCCUGAUGGCGCAACUGCGGCGCGACUGCCUUGCCGCCCGCACGCCCCCAGAGUCGCUGGGUCCCGCGCUGCUGCUGCUGCAACGGCGCCAGCUCCAGCUGCUGCGCCGCCUGCCCGAGCUCGCCGCUUCCCCAUCAUCCGCAGACGGCGGCGCCGCCCCUCGCCCCGGCAGCGCGGCGCUGGCGAGGGCCAUUGAGGGCUGGCUCCGGUACCUGUGGGCGGCCCGGCCGCGGCUGCUUGCGCAGGGCGUGUCCGCGCAGAUGGCGCUGCAGCUGCAGUCCAAGUGCUCUGGACAGGAAUCGUCUCAGGCACCCCCCGUCGAUAUUGAAGCCCACCUCGGCCGCUGCGAGGCCGCGGCUGCACGGAUCCUUCGGCUCGAGGGCAACCGCGCAACGGGCUCCAAAGGGACAGCUGUCGACGGCGCCUUGGCCGACGCACGCGCAAAAUCAGGGGACAUGCGAGCGCGCGCCGCGGACGCGGCGCGACGAGCGGCGCGCGGCGUGUGGCGGCGGCGGCGCGGCGGGGGCGGCGGGGGUGAGGGCGACGACGUUGGGACGGCGCAGGGGGACACAUCAAUCUAUGGGAUUGCGAAUCUGGUGCUUUACACGUUGAACCUUGAAAAGCGCGCAGGAGUGCUGGAGGAGCUGCGCCGGUACGACCGGAGCGCGCGCGGUGGGCGCUCGGUCAGCGAGCGAGGAGGCGGCGUGAAUGCAGGGGGGUCGGCGUCGGCGGGGGCGGGCGCGGCGGCUGCGGGUGCGGCAGGGCGGCAGCAGCAGCAACGGCCGGAUGAGGAGGGCGAGAAAGACGGACGAGAGCCUGAGGAAGUCGAGGACGAGCAGCGCAGUGAGAAGGGGGGCCAGCAGCAGCAACAGCAGCAGCAGCAGCAGCAGCAGCAGCAGCAGCAGCAGCAGCAGCAGCAGCAGCAGCAGCAGCAGCAGCAGCAACAGCAGCAGCAGCAGCAACAGCAGCAGCAGCAGCAACAGCAGCAGUGGCAGCGGCGGGAGCAGCCGCCGCAGGAGGAGGAGGAGGAGGGAGAGGAGGAGGAGGAGGAGGAGGAGGAGGAGGAGCGGCAGCAGCAGGAGGAGGAGCAGCAACAGCAGGAGCAGGAGCAGCAGCAGCAGCAGCGACAGCAGCAGCAGGAGCAGCAACGGCUGCAGCGACGGAGGGUCCGCGCGGCGCGGCUCCAUCAAAUGCAGCAGCAGGAGCAGGCUGAAGACCCCGAUUGGCGGGUCAUGGAGCUGGCAGAGAGGACCUGCCGCCUGCUGGGCAACAGGCUGGCGGCUGGCGCGGCAGAGGGUGAGGCAGCCAUGGCGUUUUUUGAAGACGAGCUGCGAUCCCUCGGCCUGAGCCCGGAAGCGCAGGCGCAGGCAGCCGCCGCCGCGGUGCCGUGGGACGCGGACGGUCUGCGGGCCCUGCCGUGCGCGGCGUUUGUCGCGAGCAUACGCGCGGCGUUGGCCCUGCACCGCAGCGGGCUGCUGGCAGACGCGCCCGGGGCGCCCGAGCAGCCGGGCCGGGGCGCCCCGUUGAUGAGCUUGGGUGCCGCACAGCCCUUGGUCCGCGGGGCGGGCGACGACGGCGACGGCGAUGUUUUUGAUGGGUGGGGUUCGGGUGAUGUGGAGGCGGGUUUUGCUCCCUUUAACUGCGAGGAGCGAGUGACGGCGACGGCCGCCGCCGCUGCCGCCGCCGCCGCCGCAUCAGCAGCAGCAGGAGCAGCUUCCGAUGAGGAGCCCCCGGGACCCUUGCAAGAGGGCGCCAUGCGGCAGCGGCAGCAGCAGCAGCAGCAGCAGCAGCAGCAGCAGCAGCAGCAGCAGCAGCAGCAGCAGCAGCAGCAGCGUCGCGGUCCCCGGGACAGCUUCGGGGUGAUAACCCAAUUUUGUCAGAGGGAUGUCGCCGCGGAGCGCGCCGCCAUCGCCCGUGCUGCAGUUGCCGCGGCGGCAGCUGCGGCGGGGGCCGAGCCCUGCAAUAGCACGCCGCUGCGCGGGCCGCACCCCCGGCUGCCCGCGGCUCUACUGGGCGGUGCGGCGCCGGCUGGCGGGCAGGGGCAGCAGGAGAAGGGAGCGCAUGCGGCUGAGUGCUCGUCAGGCGGCGGCGUCGACCAUCCUCAUGAUUACGAGCUGGGCGCAUCCUGGCGCUGCGCCGCCUUGCCGGAUGAUGGGCAAGGGUGCCCCUCAGCCGCGGACUACCCCUGCACCGCCGCUGCCGGCCCCCUGCGGCUGUCGGAUCCGCGGGUCCUCCGUCGGGGCGUCGCGCCGCCAGCCAACACGGCGGCAGCCGGCCUCCUUGCGAUGGCGGUGCCGUACGCAGGCCGGGAGACCCUGCCAUUUGACUGGCGAGGACUGGGUGGCCGCGACCUGCGGUCGCAAGCGCUGACGGACGCCCGAGUAUCCAUGGGGAACGAAUCCGGGGUCAGGCCGGACGGGCAGGGCCCGGGAGGCAGCACAGCAGGGGCAAGGCAUGAUCUGCAUGAUCUGCAUGAUCCGCAUGAUCUGCGUGAUCUGCAGGGUCUGGGGAUCAGUGGCGUCGGCAGCGGGGCCGCAGGUGGUGGCAAUGAGGGGCUGUUCAGCUGGCGGCAUGGGAGUGAGAGGGGCCACAGUGUGCUGAGGUCUGUGCAGGCGGACUGUCCGCCCCUCACGCACGGAGCCAGCAGCGGCGACAGCGCCAGCAGCGGCGGCCGCGGCAGCAGCAGCAACAGCAAUGGCGGCGGCGGCGGCGGCGGUGGCGGAAGCAGCUGUGGCCUUGGCGAGCCCAGGGAGGACGGACUUGGGCCGCAGCCGUUGGGUGAGGGUUGGGAGGGUGGGUUAGGCGUGGAUCAGGACGGCUGGUCUCAGUACGAGAACGAGGACGAGGAUGAGGAUGAAUUCGAGGAUGAGGAUGAGGAUGAGGGUGGGUUGGGGGGAGAGGCGGGUGACGAGGAGGAGACGGACGUGUAUGAUGAUGAUGAUGAUGAUGAGGAGGAGGAGGAGGAGGAGGAGGAGGAGGUGGAGGAGGAGGAUGACUACAGCCGAUACGAGGGUGAUCUGGGGUCCAAUGCAGCCAGCGCCGCCUCAAGCCCCGCGGGGGACGGCGGCGGCGACAGCGACGACGCUAGCCGCCGCCGGGCGGCGCGCGCGCGGCGGGAGCUGGCAAUCCGGGAGCUUUCAGCUGACGUCGUCAAUGCGACAGAGUGGGCAGGCCGAUGCUCUUUUGCGGCGGCGCCGCACGAGUGCGGCGGCGCGGCCGCGGGGGCGGCGGGAGGCCCGGCACUCGUCGCCCUCGCGGGCGCAGGCGGCGCGCUGCUGUGGCUCUGCGCGUGGUGCGCGCCGCCCCCGCUGCCAGCGUCGCGCGCCGCCGCGCGGCGGCUGCUGGACGGCCCGGCCGCGGGCGCGCACGCUGAACUGGGGCCGAUGUUUGACGCCGCGCCGAUGGCGGACGUCUGGCGGCUGUCGCAGCGCAUGCACGGUCUCCUCGCGGCGGUGGCGGCCGGCGGGGGCUGGCCGGCAGCUGCGCGCGCUGAUGCCCGCGUGCGCGCAGGGACGGAGCACGGCGCUGCGGCGGCAGCGGCGGCGGCGUCGGCGUCGGCCGCGCUUGAGCUGCAGAUCUGCAUGGACGCGGUUGCACAAGACCUGGAUGCGGCGACGCGACUCCUGCGCGCGCGCGCCGCCCGCCUGCGCCGCUCCCUGCGCCGCAUGGAGUUGCUUCGGGGUUGCGAGGGCGGCGCGCGGCCGCCGCGGCAGCCCGAGCCAGGGGGCGGGGCGGACGCAGCGGCGGCGGUGGGCCGCGCGGCGCGGGCCUGGUGCGCCGAGUUUGCCAAGGGCGUCGCCGGUGAGGCGCGAGCCCUGGGGCUGGAGGCUGCAGGAGAGCCGGCGCUUGAGGCGUGGCGGCGGCUGGCCGGGGCGGGCGCGGGGCAGCAGGGCGCAGCGGCCGCCGACGCGGCGCCGAGCCGCGGCGGCCGCAGGGACGCGGGCGCGUUGAAGGAACCGUCGUCUGCUGCAGAGGUGGAGGGGGCUGCGUCCGCGGCGGUCGCGCUGCUGCUGCGGAUCGAGGGCGUGGGGGAGGCGCACGGGCGCGUGAGGCGGGCUUGGUUGGCUGUCGAGUCCUUGGCAGGAGAAGGUCUCUGCGCCCUCGCCGCCCGCGCCCGCGACUUCGCCUCCCUCGCCACCCCUGCGCGGGGCGAGCCGCCCGCGACCCCCGCGGCUGAUGGCGGGCCGAGGACGCCGGGGUGGUGCGGGGCGAUGCGCCGGGCUGCGGGCGCGCUGUGGGAGGCGGCUGACUGGGAGGUCAGGUGGUGCAUGUCUGAGGCCGAGGCCGUCCUGGAGCCGCUGUCUGACCUGGCGGUGUUCACGACAGAGGUCUACGCGCGCGCCCUCUCCCGCCUGCUGCACCUGCUGCGCCUGGGGGCCAACUCGCCGGGGCUGGCGGCGGCCUGGGACGCGGUGGCGCAGUCGGAAGCCUUCCGCGGGGCGCUCGGCACCGCUGCGCACUUCUGGCUGCGCUCUAGGCAGUACCACGGGCUCAUGCCCCACGCGUUUGGUGCCUCCUCGUCUGCCGCCGACGCCAUCGAUGCCCUCGAGACUCUCGCGGCCGAGCGGCUCAUGAAGCAGCUGCGGGGCCAGCUGCCCAACGUGCCGGCUGCCACGCUGGCGGCCGCGGUGGCGGAGGCCGCGCCAGGGCGCGGGUCGCUCCUUGCUAUCCCCGGGGGCGCGGUGGAGAAGGUCGUGGAACACCUGCUUCAGGCGGCCCUCCGCCCCUGGCAUGCCAUCCGCCGCGACCAGCCCCUCCGCGACUGGCCGCCCGGAGCCGAGCGCGGCGGCGCGACGGCGGGCGCUCCACCGGCGCCGAACGCGGCGGGGGCGGGCGACCUGGCGGGGCUGUCGCCCUGGAGUUUGAACAGGGACCUCGCCCGACUCAAAGCGGACGCUGCUGAUGCUGACAGCAACGCCUGGGGCGCAGGCGACGACGGCGUAACCGAGGGGCUGCAGCAGCUGAUGGACCGGCUCGCAGCCGCGGCGGCAGGAGCCGCGCCGGAAGACGACAGGACGCCGCGCGGCGGCGGCGGCGAGUUCGCGGGGGGCGCCGGCGGCGAGCCGCAGCGGGCGCUGCUGUCUUGGGGCCGCCCGCGGCGCGUCAAGGCGCUCGUGCCCUCUGCAGCCAAGGGCGAUCGCUUUGGCGGCUUCCCCUAUGGCUUCUCCACCCCUGAGCAGCGCGCGCAGGAGGCUUUGGAUGCGCUCGAAGAGGAGGAGGCCGCCGAGGCCGCGGCUGGCCUGCAGGCGCCGCCGGCGCUGCGGCUGAAGGUCUUGGGGGCGGCUGGGGGCGGCGGGGAUGAGGGGGAUGGGGAGGAGGAGGGCGGGGACUGCGGGUUCCGGAAGGCGUUGGGGAUGGAGGCGUUCGCGGCGGCGUCGCUGGCGCAGGCGGCGGCGUGCGUAAAGCACGUGAUUGCCGGGGUGGCGGAGUCGCGCCACGAGGGGCGGCUGAGGCGGGAGCUGGCGGUGACGCACACGUGA